GCUCGCUGGCUGCCCCGCAGGCUGGCAGGCUCGCCUCCGCCUCUGCGCUGCGCUCCGGCCUCUCGCCGCGGCCCGUGGAUGGGGGUGUCCGGCUGAGCCCCGGGAUCCGCCUCCCUCCGCCAGGAUCCGCACAGAUACACGAAUCCUGAAAGUGGCUGUUGUGCUGUUGCUGUGCAAGAAUGGAGGCCCCCCUGGUGAGUCUGGAUGAAGAGUUUGAAGACCUGCGGCCCUGCUGCUCGGAGGACCAGGAGGAGAAGCCACCCUGUCUCUAUGGCUCAUCUCCCCACCACUUAGAGGACCCCUCCCUCUCAGAGCUUGAGAAUUUUUCUUCUGAAAUAAUCAGCUUCAAGUCCAUGGAGGACCUCGUGAAUGAAUUCGAUGAGAAGCUCAAUGUCUGCUUUCGGAAUUACAACGCCAAGACGGAGAACCUCGCUCCGGUGAAGAACCAGUUACAGAUCCAGGAGGAGGAGGAGACCCUGCAAGAUGAGGAGUAAGACGUCUUAAUUGCCCUCUCCUGCUUCGUCAAGAACCCUGUAGUCUGCUGGGGCUUCUUGACAUAGGGCUAGUCUCUGUCUGUAGGAUCAUGGCAUGUCACUGACAUUUUUAUGUUGUCAGUGGGGCCGUCCUCUGGUCAUUGCUCACAUUGUUUUUUAUAUAUCCCUUCACAGUCAACUGCAGGAGGCUUUUUUAAGUUAAUUUUUUUUAUUUUUUAUUAUUGAUGGGGAAUCACUGAGGGUACAAAGAGCCAGGUUACACUGCUCUCAUUUGCUGGAUAAUGUCCCUUGAAUAAUAGUGCCCCAGCCCUGUGAGGUGUG